CGUGACGCGGGGUGGCGACUGGCUCCAGUGUCUGAGGGGCUCCUGCUUGUCAGGUUCUAGCUCCUGUCUUUGGCUAGGCCUAUGAUCAUUCCCGUGAGGCUUCCCUGAAUGUUUUCUAGUGUCUUCCUUGUUCUUAAUCUUAAUACCUCAACAUGGAUCUACUACUUUAACUGAGACACGACCAGCAAUGAGUAGUAGUAAGAUACGUGCUGAUUAGAAGGCUCACUUGUACAGUGUGGAGGAUAAGCAGUGCCUUACAAAAAUGGGGUUUGGGAGUGACCUGAAGAACUCACAUGAAGCUGUGUUAAAAUUGCAAGACUGGGAAUUACGAUUGCUGGAAACAGUGAAGAAAUUUAUGGCUCUGAGGAUAAAAAGUGAUAAAGAAUAUGCAUCUUCUUUACAGAACCUUUGUAAUCAAGUUGAUAAGGAAAGUACUGUCCAAAUGAAUAAUGUCAGCAAUGUGUCCAAGUCUUGGCUACUUAUGAUUCAGCAGACUGAACAACUUAGUAGGAUAAUGAAGACGCAUGCAGAGGAUCUAAACUCUGGACCCUUACACAGGCUUACCAUGAUGAUCAAGGACAAGCAGCAGGUGAAGAAAAGUUACGUAGGUGUCCAUCAGCAGAUAGAGGCAGAGAUGAUCAAGGUUACAAAAACAGAAUUGGAGAAAUUAAAAUCCAGUUAUAGACAGUUAAUAAAAGAAAUGAAUUCUGCCAAAGAGAAAUAUAAAGAAGCUUUAGCUAAAGGGAAGGAAACAGAAAAGGCCAAGGAACGUUAUGACAAAGCUACAAUGAAACUUCAUAUGUUGCAUAAUCAGUACGUAUUGGCACUAAAAGGGGCACAGCUUCAUCAGAAUCAGUAUCAUGACACCACACUUCCUCUGCUUCUGGAUUCCUUACAAAAGAUGCAAGAAGAGAUGAUAAGAGCUCUAAAAGGAAUAUUUGAUGAAUACAGCCAGAUAACCAGUCUUGUUACAGAAGAAAUAGUGAAUGUUCAUAAGGAGAUUCAAUUGUCAGUUGAACAGAUAGAUCCUAACACAGAAUACAAUAAUUUCAUAGAUGUUCACAGAACAACAGCUGCUCAAGAACAAGAAAUUGAGUUUGAUACUUCCUUAUUAGAAGAAAAUGAAAACCUUCAGGCAAAUGAGAUCAUGUGGAAUAAUUUAACAGCAGAAAGUUUGCAAGUAAUGUUGAAAACUUUAGCUGAAGAACUUAUGCAGACACAGCAGAUGCUUCUAAACAAGGAGGAGGCUGUCCUGGAGCUAGAGAAGAGAAUUGAAGAGUCUUCUAAGACCUGUGAAAAGAAGUCUGAUAUUGUGCUUCUGCUAAGCCAAAAACAGACACUUGAAGAGCUGAAACAAUCGGUCCAACAGCUGAAAUGCACUGAGGCAAAGUUUGCAGCACAGAAAGAAUUACUAGAGCAAAAAGUACAAGAAAAUGAUGGAAAAGAGCCACCUCCAAUAGUAAAUUAUGAAGAAGAUGCACGAUCAGUUACAUCUAUGGAAAGAAAAGAGAGGCUCUCCAAAUUUGAAUCUAUUCGUCAUUCAAUUGCUGGAAUAAUUAGGUCUCCAAAAUCUGUACUGGGCUCCUCAGCACUCUCUGAUGUGAUCUCCAUAAGUGAGAAGCCCCUGGCGGAACAAGAUUGGUACCAUGGUGCAAUUCCCAGAAUAGAAGCACAAGAUCUGUUAAAGCAACAAGGAGACUUCUUGGUGCGAGAGAGUCAUGGGAAACCUGGUGAAUAUGUCCUUUCUGUAUAUUCUGAUGGACAGAGGAGACACUUUAUCAUACAAUUUGUUGAUAAUCUGUAUCGAUUUGAGGGCACUGGGUUUACAAACAUCCCUCAACUAAUAGAUCAUCACUACACAACAAAACAAGUCAUCACUAAGAAAUCAGGUGUUGUUCUGCUGAAUCCUAUUCCUAAGGAUAAGAAAUGGAUUCUCAAUCAUGAAGAUGUCACAUUGGGAGAAUUACUAGGCAAGGGAAAUUUUGGUGAAGUAUAUAAGGGCACAUUAAAGGAUAAAACUAAUGUUGCUGUUAAAACGUGUAAAGAAGAUCUUCCUCAGGAAUUGAAAAUAAAAUUUUUACAAGAAGCCAAAAUUCUCAAGCAAUAUGAUCAUCCCAAUAUUGUCAAACUCAUAGGAGUUUGCACACAAAGACAACCUGUCUACAUCAUUAUGGAACUGGUUCCAGGAGGUGACUUCCUCUCCUAUCUGAGAAAGAAGAAGGAUGAACUAAAACUCAAACAGUUGGUGAAAUUUUCCCUAGAUGCUGCUGCUGGUAUGUUAUAUCUCGAGAGUAAAAACUGUAUACACAGAGACCUUGCUGCAAGAAACUGCCUCGUAGGUGAAAAUAAUAUUCUAAAAAUCAGUGACUUUGGAAUGUCUCGUCAAGAGGAUGGUGGGGUAUAUUCAUCUUCUGGCUUAAAGCAGAUUCCCAUUAAAUGGACAGCACCAGAAGCUCUUAAUUAUGGAAGAUACAGUUCUGAGAGUGAUGUAUGGAGCUUUGGCAUCCUGCUCUGGGAGACCUUCAGCUUAGGGAUCUCUCCUUACCCUGGAAUGACAAAUCAACAAGCACGAGAGCAAGUGGAAAGAGGAUACCGGAUGUCAGCCCCUCAAAACUGUCCAGAGGAAAUUUCUAAAAUUAUGAUGAAGUGUUGGGAUUAUAAUCCUGAAAACCGUCCUACAUUCAGUGAACUUCAGAAAGAGCUUACCAUCAUCAAAAGGAAAAUCACAUAGUCACAGUGCCAAGCUCAGCCUUCAAGACUGUCCUCCAGCAGAUUAAUACUGUUGUUCUUGUUAAUGAUGAGUUUAUACCAUAUUGCUGGCAACCAUCCUGUAAGGUUAUUAUUUUUUUUUAACUUUAAACUAUGUGAAAUGCAGAUUUAUCCAAGAAAUAGUCCUACCAAGGCCUUUUUUGGCUAACCAAGCGAUCCUGCCAUUUCAGACCACUGUARAUAGAAAAGCACAGGUUUUAAACAUGUGAAAAAUUAAAAAAAAAAAAAAACCUGUCUUUUUCACACCUAGGACCACUGAUGUUUCUCAAAGAUUUUCUACAUCACGCACAGUUUGUGGGCUACUGUCCUAUGCCACAGACCCUACUCAGUUGGUGCUAUCAGUUUUCACAUUCCAAACACAGCUGGCUUUCUACUCUGUCAAGGUGAGAGUCURUCUGUAAAUAGACACUUGUAGGGGGAAUUAUUUGGAAUGCCCAUGAGUGUGGGGUUUUUUGUUUGAGUUUUGACAGAAAUAAGCCCAGUAAGAAUCAUCAUGCUCCUCUACUGUCAAUUCCCUCAGUCUGAAUAUGAACUGUCCUUAGAGCACCCAAUUAAAGGAUGUUAGAUUGCUGGGACAGCAAGAAGUGUAACCAGGAAGGUAGUCUGGGGUAAGAGCAGCUAGAGUGAUGCUCAAAUUAAAGGAAAAUGUAAAGGCAUGUUUUAUAAACCCAUGCAUGUCCUUUUUAAUGUUGUCUGAAUUCACCAAAAAGGCCCCAGGAGUCCACAGAGUCCUCUUAAUGGCAAGAAAAAUUUUCAAAGCUCUACCGGGUACAAGUCCAUAAAAGUGACGGUUAAGUAUCUUCCUCAUAGAAGGGUCAUUCCCCCCAGUAGUACCGUUUCCAGAGCUGUCAGAAGUCAUGGUUCUAGAUCAGUAGUGUGUAGACAUACACAAAUAUUUGUGAAGUACAAGACGGGUGUGAAUUAGAUAGUUCAGAAAUCAAAUGAGUACUAAUAAGAAAGCCCUGAUCUUUCCACUUUUCUUCAUUUACCCUUAUGCUUCCUAGAUAUCUUCAGUAGCUGACAGGUGUGCAAGCACAGUGCUCAAAAUGUACCAGCAUUAAAACUAGGAUUCUAUUGAGGUGAAUCUCAUUGCAUUCAGGCAACUUACCCCCCCCACACACACACACCUAUAUGUAGGAUAUGGUAAUGGUGGCCUGGAAGUCUUUUAUAAGUGCUUGAGGCUGUGUCCAGAUAUAUAUAUCACCUUAGGAUUAUUGGGAAGAGGUUAAGAGAACAUUCCUUUCUCACUAUUUGCUGCCUGUGAAUACCAUUGUGCAGAACUCAAAAGAAUGACUUGUGUCCAUUGCAAAUAUCCUUGCAAAUUUUGUACCCUUUCAGUGAUUAGUACAUUCAGACCAAAAUGAAGGAAUAAAUUUGCCUUUAACGUUACAAAACAACUUCUUUUUAAUCAGCAUGGUUCUCCCUAAGGUCAAAUAUUAUAAGAACAUGGAACUUUCUUUUGAUAGUAUAUACCAUGAUAAACCACAGACUCGUGCAUUAAGUAGACAAGACAUUUCUACCCCUUUCCGUACUUCCAAGUGAAUCUGUUUUUAAUUAUUUUUUAAAUAGCCAGACCCUGUUCAUUUAGGCCUCAACACUAAGCUCUCAGCAAGGAGAGAGAAUAAUGGCUCUGACUUUAAUUUUGUGAACAAAACCCAAAGCUUAAUCCCUGCAUUCUGGAGUAAAGAAUGAACAUGGUAUUGGUAUUUCACUCACUCAGGCUGUUAGAAUUUGCAAUUCACAUCAUAACUGUUUAAAUUAAAAAAGCUUUUCAAAACAUCAUGACAUCUGCAGCAUUUAAAUUCUAUUUUAUUCCUUGUCCUGAAGCAGGCUGUGGUACAGUUCAAGAUUAAUAACUCAUUGGGAGUCUUUCAGGAUCAUAUCAGUUGUAUAGAAUAUUAAAUUUAAUAUAGGCUCAUGAAUUAAGAAAAGCUUAUGCAAACAUUUUUUACUGUUAAUUUUGUUAUGCUUGAAGCAUAAUUUAUUCAUCCCUUCUGUCACUGAUAAUUAUUGGAAUUAUGUACUUUAGGAGGCUAAUCCAUACCCAGAAAGCACACGAAUACUGUUCUGAAUUUGCAAGUUGAUUCAGGGGGAAAAGAAGGUUCAGAAAUUCGCCAAAUCCUGUGAAUUGUUUAGUAAGAAAAUAGUUGUAACCAAAAUUGCCAGUGGUCUGAAUGCGACUCUGGUCAUAAAUCUUUGUUAUAUGCAACUCUUAGAUGAUCCAUUGAUAUCAGUAGUCUAUAGCUCCCUUCUUAAGUCCUUAAAUGCAUUAAUCCAUGAUGGGAGGUGUGGUAAGGACAGGCAGUCUGUUACCUGCACUAUCGACCUGGAAUCACCAAGGAG